AUGGCGGCCACCUCCAAAAAAGAGUGCGUGCUUUGCAAGUUUGUGCAUGGACGUGAUGCCGAGACCGCGAGGAUGUACCCAAUAUAUAUCAAAAUGGAGCAUAUUUUUGUUGAGAUAUGCUUUUGGGACCAGAGGCAAGUCUUGACUGCUUGUUCACUGUUUCAGAAUGCCCCUAACUUAAAGAAGCUUGGCAUGCGGAGUUGCGUUUCGAGCACAUGGGAUCAGGAUCAGGAUCAGGCGAACAUUCAAGAGCUUACCGUGCAAUUGCAAAUGGACCAUCUCGUAACGGCCAGUAUGGAAGGUUUUGCGGGUCUGGACUAUGAAGUUGAUUUCGUCGCAAAGCUACUGAGCUGGGCACCAGCUUUGGAAGAAUUGGAGAUAGAAUGGGAGGGCGAAACAGACUGCAGCAGGGUUCUUGCGAAGCUAUUAGCUCUGCCGAGGGUAUCUCCCAGGGCCAAGGUCAUUGUUACAUUUUGAUAACCAUGCAUCCCUACAGUCUGCAGUGCAUAAUCCCCAUCAGUUUGCCAGUUUAAU